UCUCAGCGCCCUUGACAAGUCUUGGUGAGAUCAGUUCAAACUUGAAGAACAUGAAACAGUUGAAGUAUGUAGUCCUGGCUAGACGAGCAAGCCAGAUCAAGGAAGAGCUCAGACAGGGAGUAAGGAAGCCAUACAAUGACGUGAUUGAUGUCAUCUGGGGUGACUCUCACAGGGCAGGUGUGAAACCUCUGUCAUUUGUCCGACAGGUUCUUGCAGCAUGCAUUUACCCUCAGCUUAUGAAUGGUGACAGGCUGCCUGUGGAUGUCAGGGAGAGGGCUCAGAGGCUGCUUGGGGAAUGUGCUGGAGGUAGUGUAGGUUCCUAUACUGCUACAGCGGGUACACCACAAAUAGUCCAGAGAAUCUCGGAGUUCAUAACGAGACGGGACAGUGGGGCUCCAUCUCACCCUGAAAACAUAUACAUCAGCCCAGGUUCACAGUGGUCGCUCAUGAACAUUCUUGAGGUCCUGGUGAACAACGAGGCUUCAACCAAGACAGGUAUUUUAACUCCAGUGCCAUGCUACUGGGCUACCAACGUGUCCAUAAUGGAACUGGGAGCAGUCAUUGUUCCCUACUACUUAAGCGAGGAGCAGGGCUGGGAGCUGCAGGUGGAGGAGCUACAUCGGGCACUGGAAUCAGCCAAGGGUGUCUGUAACCCUGUUGCUCUGUAUGUCAUCAACCCUGGAAAUCCAUCAGGUCACAUUCAAACCAGAAAGUCAAUGCAAGAGGUGAUCCGGUUUGUGUCAGAGAAGAGGCUCUUUCUUCUGGCUGAUGAGGUUUAUCAGGGCUGCGUUUACAGGGAUAAGAGUGAGUUUGUCUCCUACAAGAGGGUGCUAGCAGAGAUGGGGCCUCCUCUUUCAGACACAGUGGAGCUGGCGUCCUUCCACUCAGCGUCCAAAGGCUUCAUGGGAGAGUGUGGUCUACGUGGUGGAUAUGUGGAGCUGGUAAAUCUGGACCCUGAUGUUAUGAAACACAUCAACAACCUGUUCUCGAAAGACAGCUGUGCCCCAAUGUUGGGACAGAUGGCCCUGGAUCUGAUGAUGAACCCUCCACAACCAGGAGAUCCAUCAUAUCAUCUUUAUAACAUUGAGACUCAACACAUCCGCACCACGCUGGUUCAUAAUGUGCAGAGGGCCCUUGCGGUUGUAAACAGUCUGCAGGGUUUCAGCUGCCAGCCAGUGCAGGGAGGAGCAUUUUUGUUCCCCAGACUGCAUCUUCCACCUAAAGCCAUUCAGAAAGCGAAGGAAUUGGGAAUGCAGCCAGAUACUUUCUACUGUCUCAGACUGCUAGAGGAGGCUGGUGUGUUGGCCAGUCCUGGUUCUGAGUAUGGACAAAAGAACGGCACCCACCACAUCAGAUUUUGCAUCAUGACACCUGGGGACAUCAUGGAGGAAUUACUGAACCGCCUCACCAGCUUUCACACACAGUUUAUGAAGGAUUUUUCUUAAGCAAAGUUUUAUUUUCUAUAGUGCGGUGAUUCAAUGCUGAGAAUUAAAAAAAAAAUCCAAGCAUUUUCCUCAUGUUGACAUGUGAAUAUUUAUUACAA